UACUGGUGAGUAUGAAAGAGACAACCUAGAGUUACAGCUUAACGUAUGCGCUCCGUAAAUUAGUCGUUAUUUUAUGUUUUGAUAGUGGGAAGUGACAACUAUGCGCUCAUUUAUCUACACGGGUUUCAAUUGAACGAACAAGUUAGACUCGUUACACGGUUGUUUUAACGGUGUCCUACGCGAUGUGUGAAUAAAGUGAUAAUUAAAUAAGUGUACGAAGAAAUAUGUGUAGCAAAUUAUUGUUAACAAACACGGUGAUGGAAAAUUGCGUUACGUGAUAAAUUCGUAUAAACAAACCGGUUUUCGGUCAGUUUGUGUUUGCAGUGUGAAGUGAAUAUUUGUUUAUCAUGGCGUUUUCUCUAAAUAAAUUGAAGAACAUCUUGAACACAAAUCGGGACAGCCAGCUGGCUGGGAGCGGGAGCCUUGAGCCUGAAAUAGGAUUCAAAUUGUCACUUCACCCCGUCUCCAAGAACCUGUACGUGACGGUCAUCGGGGCCCGACACCUUCCGUCCUUGUUUGGGCUGAGCCGCGCACAUGGAUACCUUGUUAAGGUCAAAGUGUUCCCGGGUGACAGCAAAUUCGAGACUACCCUCCAGGAAAGUUCAUGGCCGGUCUGGAACGAAGACUUCAAGUUCCAGCUGAAACAAAAAGAGGCCAAGAAACCAGACAAACCAGAUCUACAAGGACUAGUCGCCGGCCAUUUCCUGUCUCUCACAAUAUACGCGCUACUCGAGCCGCCCAAAACAGAAUCAGAGAAAAGAAAAAGUGCUAAAACGUUAGACAAUAAAAAGAACCCUUAUGUAGCAGACCAGGACGAGCCAAAAGCGAAAACUGGGUUUUUAGAGAAGACAUUUAGUAGUUUUAAAUCGACUAAAGCCGAAGCGAUGGCGCAGAAAUCCGUUCUGGGAAAAAGAAGGACUGUCGGAGCAGCUACGUGGAAUUUCGAUUCGAAACUGUUUCAGAAUGAUCUGAAGAAUGGUUUAAUUGGAACUCCAGAUAUUUGGAGGCCAAUUAAUGCGAUAGCGAGCGGGCUGGCUGCAGCCGACACGAGAAGAGAGAACAAGAAGGGGCAACUGGAAGUGACCCUGUUAUACACAGCAAGCGAAGACGGCCUCAACGACGUGAUCACGCUCACCGUCAACAGGCUACGGUGCAGCGUUCUCACCAUGCAGGAACAAGAACAAUUUAAAGCUCCGCUGUAUUUGAAAGCCACAAUAUUGGAAGCCAACAAAGCGGAAUGUUAUUGGAAAAGUGACAGAUUCGUUCCCACUAUAUCGGCCAGGUGGGACCCGAAGUCUGCGACGGUAAAGCUGUCGGUUUUCAGAGCCAGUUUGAGCAAAGUCAGCAUUUAUAUAAGCCUCGGUUGCAAGACCAAGAUGGCGAAGAAGGAAAUACUCGGCAAGGCGAUCAUCGACGAAAAGUCAGUCAACGCUGAGGCGUGGAACGAAUGUUUGCGACAACCCAGCGUUCCUAAAACAUUUUGGGUUAACUUUGAGUGAUUACGGAACAAAGUGUUUACUUUUUACUAAAAUCAGAUAUCCGUCCUUUAACCUCUUGUGAUAAUGCGUGGUUGUAUUUUGAUUGACGAUUAAAAAAGGGGUAUAGGUAACUAUAUGCAACUUAUCUAACCUACUCGUAUGUAUAAUAUCAGUAGACAAUAAUUAUAAUUAUUAUCGUUCUUAGUCGAAAAACUCUAAAAGUGGAUACUUUACAACUAUAACUGUAUUAUGGACUAUACUCUGUAUCUAUAGGUAUUUAAAUGAAAGUAAACAAAAUCUACCCUCAAAUGGCUCCUUAAGCCAGUUGAGGGUAGAUGAAAAUAUAUCAUAAUGUAGGUUAAAGCCAGGCUGGUUAACUAAUAAAUGUUAUAACUACCCGAAAACGUACAAAUUGUUUGUUUACUUUUAUUUAAAUACCUAAAGUAUCGGCACUAUCAAUAUUUGCUUUAAUUGUUUUGCUUAAUAGUGUAAGUAAUAUCAUGUUUGAUUUAUCGUUUAUCGCUGACUGUACUUUUUUCCAUAGGCAACUUAUACUUAUCGAGACAAUUCUAAAAACCCCAAACACAAUUUUCUUGCAUUGUGUUAUCACAGAUUUCAAAUGGCCACCUCCUGUCUCCAUCAUCAGCUCGA